AUGGGUAAUCUUCUUAAGGUCCUUACCAGGGAAAUUGAAAACUAUCCACAUUUUUUCCUGGAUUUUGAAAAUGCACAGCCUACAGAUGGAGAAAGGGAGGUAUGGAAUCAGAUCAAUGCAGUUUUACAGGAUUCUGAAAGCUUGCUUGCAGACCUUCAGGCUUACAAAGGAGCUGGACAAGAAAUAAGAGAUGCAAUACAAAACCCAAAUGAUAUCCAACUUCAAGAAAAAGCUUGGAAUUCAGUGUGUCCUCUGGUUCUGAGGCUGAAGCAGUUUUAUGAGUUUUCACUCAGACUAGAGAAAGCACUACAGAGCUUAUUGGAAUCAUUGACCUGUCCACCCUAUACUCCAACUCAACACCUGGAACGAGAACAGGCUCUAGCCAAGGAGUUUGCAGAAAUCUUACAUUUUACUCUCCGCUUUGAUGAACUUAAGAUGAGAAAUCCAGCCAUUCAAAAUGACUUCAGUUACUACAGACGGACAAUAAAUCGCAACAGAAUAAACAAUAUGCAUAUAGACAUUGAGAAUGAAGUAAAUAAUGAAAUGGCCAACAGAAUGUCUCUAUUUUAUGCAGAAGCCACACCAAUGCUGAAAACACUCAGCAAUGCCACAACACACUUUGUAUCAGAAAACAAGACCCUACCGAUUGAGAAUACAACAGACUGUUUAAGUACUAUGGCCAGUGUAUGUAAAGUCAUGUUGGAAACACCAGAAUACAGAAGUCGGUUCACCAGUGAAAAGACUCUUAUGUUCUGCAUGAGAGUAAUGGUGGGCGUUAUUAUUCUCUAUGAUCACGUUCAUCCUGUGGGAGCUUUUUCUAAGACAUCAAAGAUUGACAUGAAGGGGUACAUAAAAGUUUUAAAGGAACAGCCUCCUGAUACCGUGGAAGGCCUUCUGAAUGCUCUCAGGUUCACUACAAAACACCUGAAUGAUGAAUCUACUUCCAAGCAAAUUCGAGCUAUGCUUCAGUAG